UUCUGUUGGAGAGGCUCCUCUCACUUUGCCUGGCCCCAGAUGAUGUCGCAGAGUUGAAUCCGAGCCUGUUGUCCACUUGCAGGAAAACUCCGGAAGCGUAAACGUUUGUCUUUUCUUAUUAACUGCAGCAAUGCACUUCCAUAUAAAACACUUAGUGCGUUUGAAUCCCUGCGCCUCUGUGCAGGGCAAGAGGACACUUGAAAGGAAACUGUGGACAAUAGUGUCUGCAGCACAACAACAACAACGACGCGUCAGAGCAGCAGGAUCAAUUGCAUCUGCCGACAUCAAGAAUUAUUUCGCCCAGCAGUGUUGCAGAAACUAUGCAUCGGACACAGCGUACAACAGAGCCUUCAACUCUGCGAGGGACAACCCGGAGACAUUCUGGGCUGAAGUGGGACAGGAUAUUAACUGGUUUGAGCCGUGGAGCAAAACUUUGCACGUUGAGGAUCCAGUGUUUCCAAACUGGUUUGUUGGAGGAAAGUUAAACAUGUGCUACAAUGCAGUGGAUCGUCAUGUAGAGAGUGGCCGUGGACAGCAGCCUGCCAUCAUUUAUGAAAGCCCUGUGACUGGAACUAAACGGAUCAUCACUUUCAGGGAACUUCAGGACCAGGUGUCCAGGUUAGCAGGAGUCCUGGUGAAGAAUGGUGUACGGAAAGGAGAUCUGGUGGUCAUCUACAUGCCCAUGGUGCCGGAGGCCAUGUUUACCAUGUUGGCCUGUGCCCGGAUCGGCGCGCCACACAGCCUUAUCUUUGGCGGCUUUGCUUCCAAAGAGCUUUCUGUCCGCAUCGAUCAUGCCAAGCCCAAGAUGAUGGUCACAGCCUCAUUUGGCAUUGAGCCAGGCAGAAGAGUAGAGUACAUCCCUCUGGUGGAGAAGGCCCUGGAGCUUAGCUCUCACAAACCCUCUAAAGUCCUCAUCUACAACAGGCCGAACAUGGAAAAAGUGUCAAUGAGUCCGGAGUUGAGUCUGGACUGGGAGGAGGAGAUGGCUACAGCUCGACCUCAUGACUGUGUUCCUGUUCCCUCAAACCACCCUCUCUAUGUCCUCUAUACAUCCGGGACCACUGGAACGCCAAAGGGUGUUGUGCGAGACACUGCAGGCUAUGCUGUGAUGCUGAAAUGGACCAUGUCAAAUAUUUAUGGACUCAGUUCUGGAGACGUUUGGUGGGCAGCGUCAGACCUGGGCUGGGUGGUCGGACAUUCCUACAUCUGCUAUGGCCCUCUGCUCCAUGGUAACAGCACAAUUCUCUAUGAGGGUAAGCCUGUGGGGACUCCAGACCCUGGGGCCUUCUUCCGGGUUGUAUCUGAACACGGAGCCUCGUCCAUGUUCACAGCCCCCACUGCCAUCCGAGCCAUCCGCCAGCAGGACCCUGAUGCUGCAAUUGGGAAGAAAUACCCCCUAUCUAGGCUGCGGUCGUUAUUUCUGGCUGGAGAGCGUUGUGAUGUGGAGACGCUGGAAUGGGCAAAGAGGAGCUUUGGGGUUCCUGUCCUGGAUCACUGGUGGCAGACUGAAACUGGCUCUGCGAUCACCUCCUCAUGCAUCGGUCUGGGAAACUCUCUCACGCCACCUGCAGGUCAGGCUGGAAAACCAGUUCCAGGUUACAAUGUCACAGUGAUCGAUGAUGACAUGCAGGAGGUGAAGCCAAGAACCCUGGGAAAUAUUGUGGUGGGACUACCUUUACCACCCGGUGCAGCAUUGUCCCUGUGGCAGAACCAUGAUCUGUUCAAGGAGCUCUACUUCACUAAGUUCCCGGGUUACUAUGACACCAUGGAUGCAGGCUAUGUAGAUGAGGAGGGUUUCCUUUACAUCAUGUCCCGGUCUGAUGAUGUCAUCAACGUAGCUGGCCACAGGCUGUCAGCUGGAGCAUUGGAGGAGUCAGUGCUGCAGCACCCUGCGGUGGGGGACUGCGCUGUGGUGGGUCUGGAGGACCCUCUGAAGGGUGUCGUUCCACUGGCCCUGUGUGUACUCAAGAACGGUGUGCAGAAAAAUAAGGAGGAGAUCGUAGCUGAGAUGGUGAAGCUGGUGAGAGACACCAUCGGACCAGUGGCCGCCUUCAAGAAAGUGCUCUUUGUCCGAGGAUUGCCGAAGACGCGCUCUGGAAAGAUCCCUCGCUCCUCUUUAGCCAACCUGGUCAACGGCAAGCCGUACAAGAUCACUCCAACAAUCGAGGACCCAGAAGUGUUCAAAGAUAUCGAGAGUCAAUUAGAAAAAUUGCUGAAACCUCACGGAGCCUGAACUCACCUUUUAAUGUACUGUAAGUUUUACCAUCUAACCUUAGAUAAAUGUGCCAAAUACAUGAAGAACUUGAAACCGUACUGCCUUAGGUUUUCAUAAUUAACAAGUAGAGACACUAUGGCAACUGUUUGUACAGAAUACAAAUAAUAAUAAACUCACUGACAGUAGUUUUUCUUUUAUUGACAAUGAAAAUUUGCUUGCUCACCACUUAGUUUUGACAAAGUACAAGAAGUAAUAAAUAAAAAAGAAUGGACACAAAAUAAAAUGAUUCAUCGUUCGUGCAAAUUGAAGAUGUAAAAACAAA